AUGGCAGACAAAUCCACAAAAGUCCUUUGCUGUGGUGAUGUCAAUGGCAAGUUCCAACAGCUCAUUAAGAAAGUUACCGCAGUCAACAACAAGAAUGGCCCUUUCGAUAUUCUUCUCUGUGUAGGUGAGUUCUUCGGCUUAGACCAAGAGGCCAAUGAGGAAGUUGUCAAUGGCGUCAUUGACUUCCCGAUACCCACUUACGUAUUAGGCCCUUGUCGGCAAGAGACUUGUUACAUCUAUCCUGAAGAAUCGGUUGAAUUCUCGUCCAGUUUGACCUUCUUGGGAAAACGCGGAAUACUCAACACUGCCUCGGGAUUACAAAUAGCCUAUCUGAGUGGUGUUGAAGGACGAGAGGGACUCAACUAUCAGUUCUCCAAGUCUGAAGUUCAGGACUUGUUGAUUCCUGUUAAAACACAGUCAGGAUUUUUAGGUGUCGAUAUUUUGUUAACUUCGGUUUGGCCAGAGGGAGUUGCAACUCAUGCUCACAACACACCAAGCAAGCCUGUUGAAGGAUCGAAGUUAAUCUCAAGGCUCGCAACAGCCUUGAAACCUCGAUAUCACUUUGCUGGUAAUGGCAUUCACUAUGAGAGGCAACCUUAUCGAAACCACAGAGUACUACUUGAGGCUGCUCAACAUUGUACGAGGUAUAUUGGCCUCGCUGACGUCGGAAAUGCUGAGAAUCAGAAGUGGAUUUAUGCCUUCAGUUUGAAACCUAUGAAAAGAUUGUCAAGAGAAGAGUUGACUAUGCAACCUCCCAACUCAUCUGAAUUCCCGUAUAUGGAUCUUUUGACAGAGAUGCUAGAAGAAGACGCUGCUGAAGCUCGAGUGAAAGCUUCGACUCAAGGAUCAGCUCAAUUUCGUUUCGACAUGACUGAGGAAGUUGAUGAUCCAGUUGAUCGAGGAGGUCGUAAAAGAAGAGGAAGAGAUGGAGGUCCCUCUGAAAGAAAACAACCAACAGGCCCUUGUUGGUUCUGUUUAUCAAAUAACGACGCUGAGAAGCAUCUUGUUGUCUCAGUAGGUGACACGUGCUAUGUCGCAAUGCCCAAAGGACCUUUGGUUGAAGACCAUGUCAUGAUAUUAACCAUAGGACAUAUACAAUCACUCAUCGCUGCAUCAGAAGAAGUCCAAGCUGAAGUAGAGAAGUUUAAAAAUGCUUUCAUACUGAUGGCUGAUAAAGCCGGGAAAGCUCUAGUUGCCUUCGAAAGGAACUACUGCUCUCAACAUUUGCAAAUUCAACUUGUUCCCGUUCCAAAAUCGUCAGUGAAAGCAUUGCGGGGGGCAUUUAUGAAUGCUGCGAGUAUAGCAGGUUUCGAGCUCACUCAUGUCUCCGAUAAUGAUAGAAUAACUGACAUCGUGAAUGAAGGCUGUCCCUACUUCUUCGUCGAAUUACCUGAUGGCUCUCGUCUCUUCACUCGCCAGAUGAAGAACUUCCCGUUACAGUUUGGCCGCGAGGUCUUGGCUGGAAGUGCUGUGCUCGACUGCGAAGAUAAGAUAGAUUGGAGAGCUGCUGUACUGGACAAGGAAAACGAAACGAAGUUGACAAAGAAGUUACAAGAACGUUUCAAGCCAUUCGAUUUCACUGCUGAUGAUGACAGUGACUAA